AUGAAGGCAUUGUUGAGAGUGCGCGCACUUGCCCCUAGGCUAUUUCUCAGUGUUACUACGGUCAACUUCUUCAGUUUCACUGAUUACUUCAACUCAGCACAGGGAUCUUUGAUUGAUAACGCUAACUUGAGAGUAAAAUGUUCGGUAUGGGAUCCAGAUCUUCCAGUUGUUUACGGUGUCAUGCCAACUUACGCACGACCUGUCCAAAAAGCCGAACUUACCAGAUUAUCUCAAACUUUCAGAUUAGUACAAAACUUCCAUUGGAUCGUGGUCGAAGAUGCCAACGAACCGUCCAUUCUAGUCGCUAAUUUAUUGAGAACUUCCAGCUUAAAUUAUACGCAGCUGGUGGUGCCGACACCGCCAUCGUGGAAACGUAGUAAUAGUAAAUCAGUGGAAUCUAAAUUCAAAGGGAUACCGCAGCGAAACGCAGCUAUCAGAUGGCUCAGAGAGAAUAAAAAUAAGGAUACGGAUCGGGGAGUGGUUUAUUUUGCCGACGAUGACAAUACCUACAGUGUAAAAUUAUUCCAAGAGAUGAGAUUCAUAAACAAAGUUGGUGUCUGGCCUGUUGGAUUGGUUGGUGGACUCAUGGUAGAAAAACCGCUCGUCGAUUGGGCCACUGGCAGAGUGACUGGAUGGAAUUGUCACUGGAGGCCGGAUCGUGAUUUUCCUAUUGAUAUGGCCGGAUUCGCGGUCAAUUUGCAGCAUUUAUUAAGGCAUCCGGAAGCUGAAUUCUCACUCAAUGUCGAAGUGGGUUUCCAAGAAGGCUCGUUAUUAUCGAAAUUAGUUUCUAUUCAGGAUUUAGAGCCUAAAGCCGAUAAUUGUACCGAGGUGUAUGUAUGGCAUACCAGAACUGAAGAACCAGAUGUGCAGGAUGAAAAAAGCCUUCGUAGUUCGGGUCGAAGUUUGACGAUAUCAAUCGAGUAUGCAUUAAUGAUACAAUUAUUAUUGGCUUGCAAACCGAAACCGAAACCAAAACCGAAACCCCCAAAAACCGAUUAA